AUGACAAUCAGAGUAGCAGUCAUAGGCGGCGGUCCUGGCGGUCUCGUAGCUCUCAAGACACUGCUUGAAGCAUCGACUGCAGACCACCCGAUUGAAGCAUGCUUAUUCGAGUCCGAGGCUGAUAUUGGAGGCACCUUCAACUAUCGAGCCUAUGAAAACGCAGAACUUGUCAGCAGCAAGCAGUUGACCACCUUUUCAGACCAUCGACUGCCACUCAAUAGUCCAGAUCAUGUGUCACUUCCAGGCUAUGUGGAUUAUCUUCGCUCCUAUGUGGCAAAAUUCCGUCUCGAGGCGCACAUGAGACUCAACUGCCCGGUCGUUUCUGUGGAGCGAGCACCUGACGACUCGAAAUGGAAACAUCGAGUCAAGUACCUUGACAGAGCAGAUCCGGAGAAUGAGCAAGAAAGAGACUAUGAGUGCUCUCACAUUGCAGUAUGCACUGGGCUCCACGUCGAGCCGAACAUCCCGACUAUCCCAGGCAUCGAACACAUCAAAGGAGAUGUGUUCCACUCAUCUCAAUAUAAAGGGCGAUCCCAGGUGGCAGGCCGUAACGUGCUGGUCCUUGGAUGUGGCGAAACGGCAAUGGAUAUUGCUUACGAGUCCAUCAAAGCUAAUGCGCAAUCGGUAACCAUGUGUUUCCGUACUGGGUUCCUCUCAUUCCCUAAGCAACUGAGUCGCUUCCAGGUCUUUGGAAAGACUUUCAAGGGAGGGUUGCCCAUCGAUGGUCUCAUCACCAAUCUUUUCGAAACCGCUUACGUCCAUCGGGCCAUUGCGCAAAGCAGGCUGCGAUGGUUUGUUUCAGACUUUGUCAUCAAGCGUGUGCUUUGGUUCCUCACUGGAACUCAAGCAGGCAUGAAUCAGCACGUCGGUGGUCUUCCCCAAGAACGUCUUGGCCGAGCAUACGUCUUCCUCAACAAGAGCAACAAAGCCAUGCCGUAUCUCAACCGUCCAUACAAGACGCAGAACCCCUUGCUAGCCUGUAUUGGGAAUCGGUACAUUGACCCGCCAGAGGACGCAAACUCCGACCGGGUUGUUGAUACAUGUACUUGGCCCGAGUACAUUGACGAGACUGGUCAAGUACAUUUCCAAGAAAACCCUCGGCGGAAGGAUUGGCAGCGGAUGAAGAGCCGCGUGAUCAAGCCAGACUGUGUCGUCUACUGCAGUGGAUACAAGCAAACCUUCCCUUACCUUGACAAGUCGUACCCUACAGCCGCGGAUGCGCAGAUUCGAAACAUUGUCAGCCCGUCCCAUCCGGACAUUGCUUUCAUUGGAUUUGUUCGUCCGGGCGUCGGGGCUAUUCCACCCAUCGCGGAGCAACAGGCCAUGUGGUGGACCGCUCUCAUCACCGGUCAAAUGGAUCUACCGACGGAUCCGCCGCAUUAUCACUUACUUGCGGCCAAGGGAUCCCGCAUCCAGUAUGGGGUGGACCACAGUGCCUACAUGAGCACGCUUGCUCGAGACUUCGGUGGCGCGCCGGGGCUGCGGGAGCUAUACCGCGAGCACGGACUGCGCAUUCUCCUUGUCUACUGUUUUGGUGCCUCGUUUGUCACAUUCUAUCGCCUGGUCGGUCCUUUCAGGUCUCCUGUCGCGCCUGAAAUUACUCGUACGGAACUCGAAGAGACCAUCCGUCGUCGUGGCAUCCUUGGCAAUAUCUUCUUUGGCGUUAUCCCGAUGUUGUUCUAUGGAGUGUUGAAUGCGGUUGCCUUUGCUCUGGACCGAAUGGGACUGAUCCCGGCGGAAGACAAGAUUAUUUAG